GAUACGUCAUACGUCGUUUAUGUAAAUGGUUUGAUUGAAGAAAAAGAAAAAAGCCUUCUGCCCUACUCUGAAAUGGAGGUGUGGAUACAACGCAUGCGCACUCUGUCCACAACUAUCCAGUCCCGUCCACAAGCGCAGACAUCAACAAGGGAACGGGUUACUGAUGCGGGUUGAUUUUCAUAAUAGUCACAUCGUAACGACGCGCUCACAGGACUAUUACUUUGUUUCAAGCUCGCGCAAUUUGCAACAAGAUGUUUGGCUUUCAUAAGCCAAAAAUGUACAGGAGUUUGGAUGGCUGCUGCAUCUGCCGCGCAAAGUCGUCAAGCUCUCGUUUCACGGACAGCAAGCGCUAUGAGAAAGACUUCAGGAGCUGUUUCGGGAUGAGUGAAACACGAUCAGGAGAAAUCUGUAACGCCUGUGUACUCCUGGUGAAACGAUGGAAAAAGCUUCCUGUGGGAACCAAGAAGAACUGGAACCAUGUUGUUGAUGCUCGGGGAGGUCCUAGCCUUAAGAUAACCUCCAGGCCCAAGAAGAUCAAGUCCAUCUCUAAGAAAGCACGGCCGAGCCAGAUCAGCAGGCUGCAGAAAGAGUUGAAAAGAAACAACUCAGACGCCCACAGCACCACCUCCAGUGCCUCUCCGGCUCAGUCUCCUAGUUACAGCAACCUGUCAGACGAUGGCUCAGACACCGAGCUCAGCCGGGGAUCAAGCCGCUCCCCUGUCUUCUCAUUUCUCGACCUAACUUACUGGAAGAGGCAAAAAGUGUGCUGUGGAAUCAUUUACAAAGGUCGCUUUGGAGAAGUGCUAAUCGACCCUCAUUUGUUCAAACCAUGCUGCCGCAAAAAACAACGGCAGCAGCAGCAACGAGAAGAGGAGGAGGAAGAGGAUGAUGAGGAGGACGAGGAGGAGGAAGAGGUGGAGGUAGAGGAGGGCCCGGGGGGCGUGGAUGUGAGCGGGCAGAAAGCCCAGACGGAAGAGGAAGUGAAGGAGACUCUGAUGUGUGAGCAAGAGCCUGCUCAGCUAUGCGUUUCCGUGACAACACCUCCAACCAGGAGUGGGGCGUUGGUGGAAGGAUGGUGAAGGAGAAACCCUCCUCUGUUGCACACAUCUCUGAAGAAAUCUUGGGGUGCUGUUUUCUUGUUUUUUCUAAAGCACUUACAGAAAGAAGUGGCCUCAGAUUGCCUUCAGUCACAAAGCAGCUGGAAAUCCUUUGGUCUUCUCCAUAAAAUGUCAAAGGUUUGUUUUUUAAUUUCAUUAAUAACUUAUGGACUGUUUUGUUCCUUUUGUCUUUCUUUUAUAUUUAAUAUUCUCAACCAUCCUGUCAAAAAGCCCAUCAUCAAACGUGGUGUUAUAGAUUUGCUUUAGAUCAAAUGCUGGAGCUCUAGUUUGCUGGUACAUUUAAGAGAUUUUAUUCCAAAACGCAAUAGAUCCACUCAGCGACAGAAAAAAAAGGUGCUACUUGAAAUUCAUCACUCAACGUUUCAAACAUACAGCUAAAUCAUCAAUGAUGCGGAUAUUUAUAAGCGUACAGUAUAUGAUGAAAUGACUAAUAUACAGAGAUGAGAUUAGUUUUGCUUUCUUUGUAAAGAGUAGAUAUCUGCUUUUUGAAAUGGUGGACAUGUCGUUUUGGAAUGAAUGAUGCUUUACAUUGACUGAGCGCAGACCUGUACAGUAGCCCCUGUGUUUGAGUUUUUUCACACUGACAUCAACUCCUAUCAAAGACUUUGUGUUUGUAGACUGGAUUAGUGUCUCUGUAUCCAAUACGUGUGUGGGUCCCGGUUAAAUAAGGCCUAUUCACAGCUUCAACAGCAAAUACACCAGCCUUAAUUAUGUGUUACAGACAGUGCUAGUGUUAUUUCUGGAUUGGUAUUAAGGAACAAAAGGGACAGUAGCGAUAUUUAUUGUGGCCUCAGCAACACAUAGUGCAUUUUGCAUGAAUGGUAAGCCCACUCAUCCAAAAGACCUGAUGAUCUGAUGCAUGAGUCUACUAAAUUUGCAUGGCCUUAUAUAAACUGUAAAUUUUACUCUUAUUUUUUUUGUUGAUCCAUUUCUCUAAAGUUUUAACUUAUUUUUAUAUGUAAAAAAAAAAGAAAAAGCAAAAGUGAAAAAGUGUCUUUGCAUAACAAUACUACACAAUACAACAGCAAAACACAAAAUCGGUCUAUUGUCAUUCAGCAAUACAAAUAUCAGUGAUUUCAUCAUUCCUCGGUCAGUAUAUGGUUAAAAAAACUUUAUACAAGCUAAAAUUCUAUGCCAUUGCCUCUUGUAUACCACAAAUGUGUUGUGAUAUAUAGCCUAAUAUUACUUUAUUUAUCAGAUUAAAGCCAAAGCACAUUGAAAUUCACCCAAUGUCAAAUCAAUGCAGGUUUUCUAUGGACGUUUGUGCUCGUCCGAGGUCAUUUGUAUAUAUGUUUACUGUAUUCUAAAUGAACACUAAUAUGAACUUUCAUACAUGUGAUGUUGUAGCUGGGAGCAGAGGGUGUGUUGUGUACAUAAGGGGGAGGGUGGGCCAUUUGGCUCUUAUAUGGGUUCCAUUAUUUAUUUCAUAUUUAUUUGUAUCACUGCAUCUCCACUUAGAAGUGUAAUGCUCUGAAUUAUUUUCAUCUCUAGCCUAUAUGUAGUAUGUUUUUUUUGUACAUCAGAAAUCGAAUGUAAUUCUCACGCAGGCUUUGUUUAACAUUGCGUUGAAUUACUGGUUGUCAAUAUUUGUGAAAUGUUAUUAAGUAUUUAUUUGCUCAUCAGUUGAGUUGCGUGCAACCUAACUUAUUCUGUACCAUCACUUUGGCUUUGUAUCAUGUAGACUGAAACGAAUGAUAGAUUGCAACCAAACUGUACUUUUCCCUUUUAGCCUGUAGCUCAAUGCGUUACCUAACUCUAGACUUGCAUGUACUGUUGCUAUGCAUUUACUUAGCUUACAAGUUAGACAAAGCGGUUUUGUAUUUUUUAUACAUCAUGUACUUUUUUACUUGUCCCUUAAUAAAGUAAUUUUGUGAGUUUUCUUGAAA